AGGGUCAUGUGCGUUUGAAGAGGGCCUAUAGGUCUAAGGCCAACUCCCAGACUUGGCCUGCUGUGUGAACUUGGCAAAGCUCUAACCUUCUCUGGGCUGUUGGUGUCCCUGUCUGGGCUCUGAGGGUCGUGGCUGAGAAGGUCCCAAGUCCAAGACGGGAGAAGCUCCCCAGAGCCUGCAAGGGGUUAAGCUCCGGGGCUCCUGCUCAGCAGCCCACAGCCCCCUCCUUCUGACAAACACUUGUAGGAAAUCAGGCCUGGCGCUUCCUGCCGCAGCCCAGCGAGGCCGCCUCAGGCAGCCUCAGGCAGCCUCGGCUGCUGCAGGGUGGUGGGUGAGUGGCUGUGGGGCGGGGAGAGUGGAGAGAUGCUUGUCUGUGUGCUGGGGCUCAGGCUGGCAAAGUGGCCUGGAGGCGGGCCAGCGUGCGAUGGAAGCCGGGGGCUCCCCGGGUUUGGAACAAAGACCUCCCAGGCAGGUCCCCUGAGCCCGGGGCCGGCAGGGCCGGCAGGACAACCGUGGAGCCCUAGAGAAAGACAGGCUGUAGGCGGGAUGGCUGACAGCUCUGGUUCUUGAGGAUGAUGUGGCCCAGGUGAAGCCCAGGCCAGGCCCGGAUGGCCAGCUCAGGGACUGAGGUCCACUGGGCUGAGCCCAGCCUGGGGCAGGGGCCCCGACGGCGCUGGGCCUGGGCCGAGGAGAAGAAAGGGGACGACAGAGGUGGCUCACGGGGCUGGGGAGAGCAGCCUUUCCCCGGUAGCCCCAGCCCCGAGCUCCUGGAGGACUUUCUGCUGGCCCAGCAGCACCCCUCACCGUCCCUGGAGUGGGGCCCAGACCUGCAGCCUGCCACGCAUCAGGAUUCCUCUUCCAGGGAGUCUUCUGGAGAAGAGACCGAAGCAGAGGAUGUGGACAGCCCAGCUGGCUCCGCCUUGCCUCUCAGCUGGCUCCCCCAGGAGGGUCCUCGGCUGGGCAUGACCGAGAAAGAGCCAGAUGAGGCCCUUGGAAAUCCUGAGGCCGAGGAGAUGGGAAAGAGCAUCCCACAGCUGGAGGAGAAGCUCAGCUCAGACAGUGGUAGAAACACCUGCCCCGUGACCCUGGGGCCGACUCAGGCUUGUGGCUGGGUGGCAUCCAGCUUACAAGGUGAUGGAAACAGAUUUCCAGAACAUUCCAAGAUCAAACCAUCGGUGGAACUCAGCUCAGCAAGGUCCUGGAGCAGUGGAACUGUGAGCCUUGGUCACCCUAGUGACAGUCUUGAUUCUCCUUGGGAAGGAGACCUCGAUGACCCUGGACCCCCUGCCCUGGUGGAAACCUCACCACCAAGCCCCAGCAAGCAGCUCCCAACCCCAGAUGACAGAAUUGGAGGCCCCGUUGUCCCGGUGACCCCCACAGAGUUCCAGGAUACAGCAGCCCCGGCCCCGAGUGUCCAGCUCAGCACUGGCCGAUGGAGCAGGGCCACUGGCAGCAUCUCGUGCCCUCAGCCCCAGAACCAGACCUGGAAGCGAACCAAGACAGUCCUGAAGGCACUGCCCUCCCGAUUCACCGGCUCCAUCAGCCCCAUGAAUCCUCGGCCUAGGGCAACCCAGAAAGACAAGAUGCCACCCAAGCAGGGAGCCACUCUGGCCAGCCAUUCUUCUGAUGUCCCCAAGUAUGGCCGGGGACAGCUGAACUACCCACUCCCGGAUUUCUCCAAGGUGGGGCCCAGGGUGAAGUUCCCCAAAGAUGAAAGUUACCGCCCCCCCAAGUCCAGGAGCCACAGAGGGCAACCUCAAGGUCCUGCCGGGCCCCUGAUCUUCAAGUCCCCAGCAGAGAUUGUGCGAGAGGUACUGCUGAGCAGUGGGGAAGCAUCCCCCCAGAAGGACCCUUCUCCUGCUCAUGCCAUCACCAGGGUGCCCCAAGAGUUUCAGACACCAGAACAAGCCACUGAGCUCGUUCAUCAGCUCCAGGAGGACUACCACAAGCUGCUCACCAAGUACGCCGAAGCCGAGAACACCAUCGACCAGCUGCGUCUUGGCGCCAAGGUGAACCUGUACUGGGACCCGCCGCAGCCCAGCCACAGCAGCCACCAUGAGGGCAUGGUGCCACAGGGCACCCAGGUCUUGUCCUUCACCAUCCCACAGCCCCGCUCAGCACAGUGGUGGCCAGGCCCUGCCGAGGACUGCCAGAUGACCAAUGCUUCAGGGUGGCCGACGGCUAGAGGAGACCUGAGUGACCCGUCACCCUCCAGCAUACCCAUCCCAGGCUGGCUUCCAGAAGACCAGGCCGCCACCCAGGACCAGCCCUCAGCGGAGUGGACCAAGGUGCUGGCUUCUCAGGCCCGUCAUGUUCUGGCCCAGGUGGACUCCUUUGAAGAACUGAUGGAGGCAGGCCAGCUCACGCCCCGGAACCAACUCAAGGGCUUCCGGCAGCUCCAGGCGGCCCACAGGGCCCUAGAGGAGGAGUACUUGAAGGCCAACAGAACGCAAUACCUGGACCAGCAGUUCACUGGCUCUAAGAGCACACCUGGGAAAUUUGAUCCAGGCAGGGAUCUGGAGAUGGAGAUCUACCAUCUGGGAACCCGUCUAGAAGAGCUGAAGGAGCUCAUGGACCAGACCCAGCAAGAGCCCAAGCCACCUGUGUGCGAGGCAGCUCUGGACAGCACCCCAGCCUCGCCCGUGUCCCGCCAGCCCAUGCAUCUGCCCACACCAGACAGCCAGAAUGCCUUCCCUGAGCCUGCCGCCCCUGGCCCAUUGCACAUGAAUGCGGAGGUCACUUCCAGCAGUAGUGAGGUGGGAAACAGUCCCAGGGAACUCCCAGCUCCGCUCCGGCACAAGGAGCUGCAGAUGGAACAAGGUUUCCACGGCCUUCUGGACCGGUACCACAGUGUGAAGUCCCUCCCGGAAGCCAUGAAAAUGGAGGAGGAGGAAGAGGCAGAGGAGGCAGAAGAGGAAGAGGACGGUCACACUCUGGAAGUGGAUGGGUCAGCUCCAGUUGCAGGGACCGCAAAAACCAGCAGGAUGCCUCCAAAACAGCAGCUGGCACAGGCUGAGAGAGGACAUGGGGUGCCCCUCGAAGAAGCCAUGGAGCAGAUGGGGUCCCUGACGUCCCAAGGCCUGCACACCUCCAGAGACAGGCACAUGCCGAGUCUAGGCAUGGCUGGAGCUGCAACUCGAGGCCCUGGCAUGGUGGCCCCCACCCUGGGUGCCAAGCCCGCAGCAUCCCACCAGAGCAGCACGGCCAGCUUGCAGGGCAGCAUCUCUGAGCACCUACCCCAGAAGCCUUUGAACCACACCUGUGGGCUCCACGUGGAGGAGUCCUGGAUGGCAUCCCCGGAAACGGACAGUGGCUUCGUGGGCUCUGAGACCAGCAGAGUGUCACCCCUCACCCAGACACCAGAGCACCGGCUCUCCCACCUCAGCACCCCAGGCACAUCAGGCCAGCCCCCAACGGCUCCUGCGCCUCACAAUGGAGCCUCCCGCCCCAGGACCAGGGGUUCUGCUAAUCCCAGGAGAGCUAGGGAACCCAGCACUCCCAGGAGUCGAACACAGAGAGCCCCGGCCAGCCCAAGCAGUCCUCCCCAGCACCGGAUGCCUGGCUUCCGCCUGGAGCGCCCACUGGUAGCCGACAUGGAAAUCCCUGGCUCCAAGUUGGAGAGGCCACAGCAGAGUUCGGGACAGCUCCUCCCCAGCAGGACAAUCAUCCCUGCCCCCACCCUGGCCCCAGGAAUGGCCCCUCUGCCCCAAGAACCUUCGACCGAGACUACCCCCAGCUUCCUUCUCAGCAGGGCAGGGCGAGAUCAGGCGAUCCGUGAGCUGCAAGAAGAAGUGUCCCGACUCCAACUACAGCUGGAAAGCAGCCUGCGCCGGUCACCUCAGGACAGCACCUUGCACCUGGGACCUGCUUCCCAUCACCCUACCCAGCCCCAGGACCGGCCAGCGGACCCCUUAGCAUCCUGGAGCUCCCACUGUGGCAGUAAAUCCACAGAAACGUUGGCCAGGGAGCCAGGAUGUGCGGAGCAAGCUUCGCCCAUGAGAAGGCAGCGGGCCAGGUCGUCCUCGGUGCCCCGGCUGCCCCUGAGUUCUCAAUCUGAGCCCCCCUCUCCUCAGCGGUCAUCUGAGAAGAGCAGGACCCCCGAGGACAGUGCGCAGCCAGCUCGGGACAGCGCGAGAGCUGGGGGCAGCACGAGACGGCCAGACAGAGUCACCUUCUGGGGCCAGUACACAGGACAAGAGUACCAUGUUAGGCCACCGAAGGCUGUCCCAAGAGAUGGUGACACAGGCUCCUCCUGUCCUAAGUGCCAGCCCUACAGGAGUCAGGAUGCAGGCAGUGCUGCCUCUAAGGACCCCCUGGAACCCUCACCCUCUGAUGCACGCCGGUGCCCCCUGUGUGGUCAAGUUGGAAUCUCCGAGGAGGCGAAAAUCCCAGACCCAGCCACAUCUGGGUCAGAAAAGGCUGCCACCAGGAGAAAAGCACCUGCAGCCUCCGGCGCCAAGCAGAGGAGCAAGCGGGCGGGGUCGCCAGCGGAUCUGCCACCCGGCCUGUGGUACCUGGCAGCCGCGCCCCCAGCACCGGCUGCUCCAGCUUUCACCUACAUGUCCUCAGUUCCUGUUGUGCCUUAUCCGCCAGCCACUGUGUACUAUGCACCUACAGCGGCACCUACCUCAGCCUCCAUGGGCACAGCCUCCAGUCGGGCAGCCCGGGGCCACCGGCACUCCGUCCAGCUUGAGCCCAGGGACCUGGAGGAGCUGAACAGGGCCCUGAACCAAGCCAUGCAGGCGGCGGAGAGAGUCCGCUCCACUAGCCACCAGAUGAGCCGCUCGCUGUCGGCCGACCUGUGCCAGGUCCGCGGCCUGCGGAGCUCCUGCCUCUUCUGACUCUCUGGAGAUGGCGAGACACAUCAAGGACAGGUGGCCCUGCCAUCCCCCAGGCCAGCAGUCAGCUGGAACCACUGACGCCCGGAAGAUGCUGUGACACGUCCCAGGAGGGUCUCCCUGUGUGCAGGCAUCCCAACUUGGUGGCCCCUUGGUCCUGCACCUCCCGCUAAGAAGAUAUAUUUUAUGCAGAGAUGGACAGACCUUUCAAAACUGGGGUGUUUUUUUUCUGGUCUUGGAUUCUCAUUAGGAGGCAAGGCCCAGACCCCUGGAGCAAACCCACCCCUCACCUGUAAGCAGCCAGCUGCAAGCAGGGCUUAGCAGAAGACCUGGCUCCUACCCAGCAACUGGUCCCUGGGGCACGUGGGUACCUGUGGGGCAUCUUAGGAUGCCAGAGUCCCAGAGUGACACGUGCCAUUUCCCCCCUGGUUGUACAAGCCUUUCCUGUGAGCCUGCUAGACUGGACACCCCAUCCCUCAGCCUCGGGGUGGGGACAGAGGUCCCCAGAAUCUGUCCACACUGUCCCUCUCAGUAACUCAUCCCGACCCCAGCUGUUCCCCAGGAUGCCAGUGGCAUUGAGAGUGGCCAGCUGCCUGCCAGGCCCUUGUCCGGGGCACGACUGUGACCAUGAGGCCAGAUCAUCUCCUGCCCUCACCCCCACCCCAGAGCAGUGUGUACCUCAGCAUUUCCUCAAUGUUUGUGCAUCAGUGCUGUUUGUAUAUUUGAGGCAUUAAAAAGUCUAUUUUCAUUAUAA